CAUUUCCAAACACGUGGCGCUAGUGUUCUAUCCAUUCUAAACAAGAUUGUCAAAUUGUCAAUCGUGCGGAUUCGUGCGUGAAUGUGGAGUGUUUUGUGUUGUGAGUGAAUGGUGCUUGUGGGUCGUGGAAAAUUAUUGCCAAUUGCUGCUGUUAUGUGGAUAUGUGUACGUAACGUGAGAUAGCUGUGCUGUGAUAGUAGCGGUCUAACUGUGGAAUGGUUCCGGUGUUACGGCGGUUUGCUUUUAAUUUGAGCGGCUGAGGCGAACACAAGAUGGGGAAGCUACUAUCAAAGAUCUUCGGCAACAAGGAGAUGAGGAUACUCAUGUUGGGGCUCGACGCAGCUGGGAAGACUACUAUUUUAUAUAAACUAAAAUUAGGUCAGUCAGUCACAACGAUACCCACGGUCGGCUUCAACGUGGAAACGGUCACGUAUAAGAACGUCAAAUUCAACGUCUGGGACGUCGGGGGGCAGGACAAGAUACGUCCGCUGUGGAGGCAUUACUAUACAGGCACUCAGGGUCUAAUAUUCGUAGUGGACUGCGCGGACCGCGACCGCAUCGACGAGGCGCGCCAGGAGCUCCACCGGAUCAUCAACGACCGAGAAAUGCGCGACGCCAUCAUACUCAUCUUUGCCAAUAAGCAAGACUUGCCCGACGCGAUGAAGCCUCACGAAAUCCAAGAGAAGCUGGGUCUGACCCGCAUCCGCGACCGCAACUGGUACGUGCAGCCGUCGUGCGCCACCACGGGCGACGGGCUGUACGAGGGGCUCACGUGGCUCACCAGCAACCACAAGUUAUGAGCGCAGGAGUAGGCGGCCCGGCUGCCACGGUGAGGAUUUCGAUGCCAUUUAAUUUAAGUACGCUGCCCGUGCCGUCGAAUCUUGUAAUUUCCUGAACCAGUGUCCAACGCGGGCCCGUCGCGUAAUAAACGCUCAGUGUGGUGCGAUAUGCAAGACUGUCCGAAACAGCGAGGACUAUUCAAUUAUUAGAUAUACAGAUGUGGAAUACGGAGAGUUUUCGAAAAUUUGCAAAAGGAAAAUUUCACAAGAAAUAAAUAUUUCAUUAGGCCGCGUUUCAACCAGAAAUAUGCGAAUGUAUUGUGUUUGUUAAGAAUCAAUAGAAAGGGCUGCGCUGAGCAAUGAUAGGUAAAUGAAGUAAUUCUAUUGGUUCUUAACAAACACAUCCCUCGGUACGCUUCACUCUUUGGUGGAAACGCAGCCUUAUCAGGAUAAGGCUUUUGUAGGCGGCUACAGGUAGCCGCCUACAGGGCAAAACUUGUCAAGAACAACGCAAAUCUGAUUUGUCAAAAUACAAUGGAAUGUCAGUCCUUUUCCUAGGCCUCUGGGCGCCUAGCGGUUCCUCAUACAAAAUUGCGAGAAGUUCCGAAAUUAUUCCAUGUGGAAAUUUCGUAAUUUUAGGAAACUUUCCGAUGACACAUCGGUGAUUAGAUAGUUUGUGAACUUUCACAAAAAAAAUGAGAAAUCAAUUAUUCCAUUAUUUAAUUAAAUUAGAGAUUUGUUGUAUCGAUUGAUUUAUUUUUUUGUAUGUUUAUUUAAAUUACUUAGAGUAAAGAUUUUUUAUUAAUUUAAUGUGUACCUCCAAUUUUGUAUGAUAGUAUGGUAGAAAUUCGAAGUUUUUAAUGCAUUAAAGUAAUCAAUUGAAUGUGGGUAGGAGUGAACGCAAUAUGUGUAUUACUUAAGUAAUAGCUAUCACGCCUGCGCAAGGGAGCUGUAGGUGUUUUUGUAUCUUGACUGUGGCCCUUUACAGUAUUACAUACCCUUUAUUCCUAUUAUGCGAUGAACUAGAGUCAGACCAAGAAAAGACUGCAGCGAUUUUGAUAGCCCACGCAGUGCAAGUGUUAUUUUAAACGUUAAACUUGUAUGAAAUUAUGACGUAUAAAUAACACUUGCACUGCGUGGGCUAUCAAAAUCGCUGCAGACUUAUCUUGAUCUAACUAAGUCAAUCUUGACACCUGAGGGCCUACCGUGAAUCAUGUUCGACGUGUUGCCUCCCUGUUACACUUACGUACGAAUUUACAAGUGCGACAAAAAGGCAACACGUCAAACGUGGUUCGCGGUGGGCCCGCAGACUAUCUUUCUAUGUAAUUUAACCAAACUUUCGUUGAUUGUAUUAGGUCAAUUAUAUACGUAAGGUGUAUUGGGGUAGUUCCGAAAGGAAAAAGACUAAAAAGUGGCGGAUAAUUCAGAAACGAGACUCAUUACAAUAAAAUAUUAGUGAUUUUUAUUACCCGAAUACACCUUACUAUAAUAAUGUUACUACGAUUUUCUCGAAGUACCUAGUUAAUUUACUAGGUACUAACAAUUGGUGCAUUAUAUUUAAAACAUUGUAUGGUGAUUUGGAAUGAAAAUUCUUAAAUAUAACCUAAGUAUAAUUAAUAAAUUGGUGGUAACUCAUAUGACUUUCUUUCAAUUGUAUUAUUUAUUAUGGCGUAUCCUAAAAAUCUUUUGUAAUAUAAAUAUAACCUAUGUAUAUUUCCCUGUUUAACGUUAAACCCAAAACAGUCAAGGUACAAACACAUAAUCGUUGUAAAUCAAUGUACAUAUUGAUGUUUUACACAAUGUAUGUACAUAACGAAUAUUAUCUUAUCAUCAUAUUAUUUCAUGUUGGUGUAUUUUGUAUAAAAAGUAACCGGGAUCCCUUAGUGUAAGAAUUAUAGAUAAACUUCAUGGAGAUGACAACUGAAGAUAGCAACGCAUUUUCGUGUAAAUGUGACGUUUGCAAGCCAAAAGUACCAUUGUGUUGCUUACCAUAAGGACGCAAAUUGCUUGUAUCUUUAUACCAAAAUUCUGUCAGAACGUCCUAAUAGCGUGCGACACUGUGGUACCUUUUCCUUGAAAACGACACAAAUGUAGAUUAGGCUGGUCCAUUUGCCGUAAGUUGUAUAUAAUGCCAUAUGAAAUUAAUGUAAACCAUAGACAAAUGAAUAUUGAGACACGCAAAGUAAGUAUUUUUUUAAAUAUAGGGAAUAUUAAGAAAAACUCUGCGUAGGCGCCUCUAGCACAAACUCUAAAUAAACCGCCUUGGUGCAUCAAUGUCAUAUUUAUUAGUAACAAAUUAUUCUGUGAAAACCUCGGCAUAAAGUUACUCUAUGGUUUAUGGUUUUGUGCUAGUGCUGCCUCUGGGUAGUACAUUGCAGUAGUACUCUUUAUUGUACCACUAAAUCCGUUUGGCUGAUGGUUGACUGUUUGAGAAUGCCUUGUGGCAUAAGUCCGCCUUUUGUACUUUACUGUGCAAUGGAUAAUAAAUUGUAGCGGCAGUACUGACAGCUGAAAUAAACGGCGCUAUUCAGCGGUAUAAAUAUUGUCAGGCACUAACGUUGUUUGACAGUUUUCACAAAUCGUAUGGCGUUGUUUAGCGCCAUCUACUUUAGCAUGGCGUGUCAGUAUUCUUUUGUCUUGGGACUAAACUAAUAAGCAAUAACGAAAUUAAAAAGUUACUAAGUUAUACUAAUCAUGUUGUAUCUGCUUGAGUUUUGUUUAUAAUUUUUAUAUUUAACAAACGUGGGAAUUAUUGGGGCAUUAGGUAGUAUGUUGAUAGUGUUGAUAUCAUUGUCAAAACUUAGAUAUAAUUUCUUAAAUUAAAUAUUUUCUCCGUUUUUGCAUAGCUACUAAAAGGAAAGAAAUUUAGAAUAUUAUACUAAUCUUUUAUUGUUGUUAAUUUUUUCUAUCCCAAUGGGUUGGAAGGUCAGAUGGCAAUCGCUUUGGUAAAAACUAGUGCGUACGUCAAAUCAUGGGAUAAGUUGUCAAGCGGACCCCAGGAUCCCAAUGAGCCGUGGCAAAAUGCCGGGACAACACGAGGAAUAAGAAGUUUUUAAUAUUUUCUAUCAACUUUCAUUAUUCUACGGUUCUCGACAUCACAACUUGUUUACAUUAAAUCACUACAUGCCCCGAUAAUUCCCAUAUAUUUACGAGUAUUUUCUUUUAUUGUAACGCGACGUAUGCUUGUAGCUUUCAAUGUAUCGUGGAUAAUGUCGGGACCAUCUGAUGUCGAAACGUGGCAAGAUUUGCAUAAUUACUCAUAUUUUUUUUAUUAUUUGUUACUUGCCUUAUGAUUGAACACGAAAACUUAUGGAUUAUUCAAAUUACAGUGCUACUAUUAAAAUUUUGCUAAGGCAAUAGGGUUUCAAUAUAUAACAAUUAGUAAACGGAUACAAAUGUAGUGCAUAAUUUGUUUUCUAUUGUAUUUUCUCGGAAACGUUCGUAUUUGUCAUGCUAGUUCAGUCAACCUCAGUACUUUUUGUACCAGGAAUGACUGAACUUAACUGAAUCCAUGUAAAAAAUAAAAUAAAAAUUGUCAAUAAGCAAAUUUAUAAUUCUAGCACUGUAAAAGUUAGGAACAUGAGAGUAUUGAAUACUCUCACAGGCAUCCAUACUAGGACUGUACUACAGUCAAGGAAUUUAAAUUCCGACCCAUUUCGUACUUUGUCACAGUGCAUGACAACCGUAUGAGGUCUCUAGCGGCUUUCAUAUUGAUUGUCACUGUGACAAAGUACGAAAUGGGUCGGAAUUUAAAUUCCUUGACUGUACAUUAUUAACUUUAGAAAACGACAUUUUUUACAGUUUUGUUACACUCUAUUCAGUUAUGUGAUACGAUUAUACAUAUGCCAGUAACUUUGGUUAAUACUCUGAACUAGUAAUGACAUGACAAUAUUAACUUCGCUUACAUUAGACCAGUGGUCGGCAACCAGCGGGCCGCAUGCGGCCCGCCAAUCUCUCUCUUGCGGCCCGCGAGCCUCCCUGGCUAUUUUGUAUGUAGUACUGACGAUCGACAAUGUCUGCUAAAGUCACAAAUAUUACCAAAGUGCGGCCCACGUCAUCUUCGUUAACUACUAUGUGGCCCUUGGGUGCUAAAAGGUUGCCGACCGCUGCAUUAGACGAUUGCGGCCAAAUAUGAAUAUUAUGCACGUUCCUAGAAAAUUGUAGCCUGCCACUGGUUACUGCGGUCUAGAUGUUUUAACUGAUACCUACCUAAAUAUAUUAAUAUAGUCUGCGGCAGAAGUUGCUAAGCGGGUGAGGUGUUCAAAAUUACCUUGACACGCUUAUUUUAUCUUAACAAUAAAGUCGUGGCAAGAUCAUUUUGAACAUCUCGCCGGCUUAGUAACUUCUGCUGCUGACUGUACCUAUAGGUGUCGGCACGAGAGUUGAGGUGCAAGUUGCGAUGUUUCCAGAAAGGUAGAAAAGUUGUAGAAAGUUUGAGAAAAAAAAAACAAGGGAAACUUUCACACACAGUAGAUGCAAGACUACCUACACAUACACCACAGUACUUAUUGUAAUAAGUCAAUGAAUUGAGUAAAGUAUAAAAUGAACCUUAAUACAUUGUAAUAAAGUAAACUAUUGCGUGUAUGUGACUUGACUCUGGUGCCGAAAUCUACACUAAAGGUUAUAGUUUUAAUGUAGUGCAAAUGUCAAAGAAAUCAAUCACAAAAUUGCAAUUUCAUAGGUAGGUACAGUUAGCAUCUAAAUAUAUAACUGAAAAAGUGAUCAAAUAGUUCGUUGCACCAUAAAUUUAGUACAGUGCGACGAACUAUUUGGCUGCUACAAUAUAUUUGACGCUGACUGUACCAGGUUACCAUAAUUCUCCUUAACAUUUUAAAGGGUUCUGUUAUGGGACAUUUUGUAAAUUGCUAUUUUAUUACGAUUUUCCUUGACUUUGGCACUCUUAGAACUCUGAAUAAUUAAAUGAAUUUGGUGAAAUAUCUAGUGAAAAUCAUUACUCUAUAACAAUCUACACAAAAUAAUUCGCUUUAAAGAAAAGUGCAAUUAAAUUAGUAAUUGUAAUGCACUUGUGAUGUAUAAAUUGAGUUUAAUAUAAAAUUAUUUAGUUUAAAUCGGAACCGAAUAGCAUUGGUGCGUUAUACUGGGAAGCGAAAGUGUGGGUACGAAUACAGUUUGCUGUAUAAUAUUGUAGAAAGUUAUUCAAUAUAAAUUCACACUUGA